AUGCCACUCGAGCAUAUCAACCUGGCCCGAGACCGCCUCAACUCCGCUGCUGCUGCCUCGUCUGGGCGCGGCGGCGGCAGCGGUGAGGCGGUCGCACGGCAGGGUGGCGAGACGUUUACCGCGACCCCGGAGGAGAUGCGUGUAAUCCAGGAGAAGAUGAAGGAUCCCGUCUUUGCGGAGCUCAUGCAUGAAUACAUGAAGUCAUUGGAGGACCCCGAAACGCGACGCGAGGAGGAGGCGUACCUAGAGCAGGCCGAACGGGAGGCGCGAGAGGGUGGCGAUUUCAGCUUCGAGUUCGUGUUCCCGCGUGCCGCGUUUGUGUUGGAGCUGCUCGAGCCGUCGAACACGGUGGUGCCGGCGGCGGAGCUUAAGAGGCUGGGCCUUGACGCGUCCGCCGUAACACGAACCGCAGCGAAAAGCAGAGGCGCCCGCUGUUUUCUGAACAUCUGCUCAAGCGAAAAGGUGAAGGCUUUCACGGAGCACACCACAGGGGACGCCAGGGGGAGCAACUGGGAGGUGCCAGUGUCCGUGUCGCAGCGACGCGUGGAGGUGUAUCAGCCAGUGAAGUCCAGCCCAACCGCAUCGAUCCCGGCCGAGUACGCAGCGGCGUGCAGCACUGCAUCUGCGUCAUCGUCCUCGCCGUCGGUGUGCGUCGUGCGCGAUGUCGUGUUCCACCCCUCAACGCUCGCACUGGCAGAGCGUAGCACGCGCUUUAUGUGCUUCUUGGCGGAGAUCGCUGUCGAGCACAUCAACAGCGGCUAUGACGAGUCGAACGGCUUUCCGUUCCGCCGCCUGCCUAGCAGCAUUGUGUCCAUUGGCACCCCGCUGAAUCAGACGAUUCGAUCCUCGUCGCGGGCGGGCGGGUCGCCGUUUGACGUGGACCCGCGUGCGCCGGUGCUUACAAGGCCAACGAAGAACUUGCCGACCGUCAAGGACGGCAACGGCGGCCAAAGCGCGGCGUCACCUCCCCCCAGCACCGCUUCUGCCACGACGCCGACGUCGUCGGACACUCAAGGCUCGAAGGCGCCCCAAGGCCUCGUGAGCGAGGCCGCUGCUGCUUCCGCACCCUCGCCGAGAGCUUCGACGCUGCCGCCGUACACGGUAACCCACCGCGGCUCCGUCGAUCUCACCGAUGCGUGGCAGUGGAGGGUUUCGGAUAAGCGCGUCGGGGUGCCCGAGGAGCUGAUCGUGAAGAUGACGUUUGCCGGGGUGCGACGAGCUGCAAUGCUGGAUAUUGCUAUCACCCCAGACGGCCAGGCAGUGCGCAUCGACCCCACCGAGGGCCAGAGCCGCUACGAGGGGCUGCUUGUGUUGCCCUUCACGGUGGAGGAAGCGCCCCUGAAAGCCCAGUUCGACUGCUCCCGCGGCGUGCUUACGUUGACGCUGAAGGUGGUGCCGCCCCCGCUCCCAGAUGGCGCGCCGAGUGCGGAGCAGCUGCGCCAGACACUGCAGGGCGAGGCGGGCGACGCGGUGGACGAGUGCAUCGGUGAGGAUUCAGAGCAGGCAACUGGAAGUCAACCAGCUCAGCCGCAGUCGCCUCCUGCCGCGCCAAGUCCUCCGGCUGCUGCGGCAGAGGCAGAGGUGCUCGCCGAAGAGGUAGCUGUAUCACCCGCAUCAGUCACAUGUGCUGAGUCGCCAACGAAGGCUUCUGCGGAGCCACCGGUGCCGACCCCUGCCGCACCGACUUCGAGCGGCCCUGAGUUGGAGCACAUCGGCGACCAGUAUCGCGUGGCCGCGAUGAUGGCGCAAGUGCGGGCCACGCGAGAGGCGCGGGAGGCAGCGGCUGCUGCUGUGACAGCCGCAGAUGACGCCGAUAUCGGAAGGGCUGAUGCCUCGGCACCCGCCGCUGCUUUCUGUGCGCCUACGGACAAUGGCAGCGAAAAGUCUGCCCAGAAAAUGCAGCACGCGGCUGGCGACACUGCGCGUGACAGCGCUCCAUUCGAGGCGGCUGCUGCGCCAGAGACGUCACAGGAGGCGAUUCCUUUUGUUUGCUCAGCGCAUGCAACGACGGCGGCCUUGCCGGCUGUCGACGUCGUCGACGAAGAGGGCGACGACAUGUCGACUCUGCGCGCACGUCAGCAGGCCUGGGUGGGCAUGAUAGAGGCGGAGAUGCAAGUGACGAAGGCGCGCGAGGAGGCCGAGGCUGCCCAAGCGGCGCAGGAGACAGCGGCGCAGGCAGCCAAAGCCCGUCGUAAGAUUGCGGCGGAAAAGGAGGUGGAGCGACUGACCCACGUUGCCAAGGCGAAACAGAACUCGCUACCUUUGUCGAACAAGUACAUCUUUUCUAUCGACUAA